CCACAGAGCCGCGGGGACGGGGCUUUGGACUCCAGGUGACACGCUCGCGGCUGCCCGGUUUCGCUCGGGCUCGGAGGCGGCCGCAGACGGAGUGUGCCACCGAAAGUGAACGGCGACAGGGAGGACGGGGAAACUGCUGUGAAGUCUUCUUUGAAGAACUUUGUACAGUUAUUGAAGGAUGGCAGAAGCCGUGUUGAUUGAUCUCUUUGGUUUGAAAUUGAACUCUCAGAAAAACUAUCAUCAGGCACUACUGAAGACAUUGAAUGCUGUUCGAUACUACCAUGCUGCCAAGGCCAAGUUCCUUUGCAUAAUAUGUUGCAGUAACAUCAGCUGUGAAAAGGAUGGUGACGAUGAUAAUUGUGAAUUAAAAACAAGCAGUGGAUUAUCAACUCUCUUGAGAGAAUUUGAGACUGUUAGCAAUCCCAGCAUGGCUGCCUGUUUGUAUACCAUUAAACAAAAAAUUGAUGAAAAAAAUCUGAGCAGCAUUAAGGUAAUUGUACCCGUAUAUCGGAAGACAUUAAUGAAGGCCUUUAUUGAUCAGCUCUUCACUGAUGUUUACAAUUUUGAGUUUGAAGAUUUACAGGUGACUUUGAGGGGAGAUCUUUUGAAACAGUCCACUGAAAUAAACAUGAUCACAGCUCAAGAACUAGAAGCAAUCCAGAAUGAAAUAGAAACAUAUUUGAGAAGUCUGCCAGCACUGAAAGGAGAAUUAACCAUUAUCACAUCUCCUUUGAUCUCAGAGAUUUUCAUACAUGGAUUUACUACAAGAACAGGUGGGAUAUCUUACAUACCAACUCUUAGCUCAUUCAAUCUCUUCAGUAGUUCCAAACGGAGAGAUCCCAAGGCUGUUGUUCGAGAAAAUCUGCGGAGGUUGGGGAAUGUGGCAGGAUUUAAUGCAGAGAAAUUUUACCGAAUAAAGACUGAUCAUGCCAAUGACGUGUGGAUUAUGGGAAGGAAGGAGCCUGAAUCUUAUGAUGGAAUCACCACAAAUCAGAGAGGAGUCACAAUAGCGGCUCUUGGUGCUGACUGUAUACCAAUAGUUUUUGCAGAUCCUGUCAAAAAAGCAUGUGGGGUUGCUCACUCUGGUUGGAGAGGUACUUUGUUAGGUGUUGCCAUGGCUACAGUGAAUGCUAUGAUAGCAGAAUACGGCUGUAGUUUAGAAGACAUUAUUGUUGUACUGGGACCUUCAAUAGGACCUUGCUGUUUUACUCUUCCAAGGGAAUCAGCAAAAGCAUUUCAUAAUCUUGAUCCCGGAUGUGUACGGCUAUUUGAUUCGCCACAUCCCUAUGUUGACAUUUGUAAAGCCACCAGGAUUCUUCUAGAACGGGGAGGAAUUCUUCCACAGAAUAUUCAGGACCUGAACCAAGAUCUCAACCUUUGUACAUCCUGCCAUCCUGACAAGUUUUUCUCCCAUGUCCGAGAUGGCCUUAAUUUUGGUACACAGAUUGGCUUCAUAUCAAUUAGAGAAUGAGAUACUUGAUGGGAUUUUUGCAUAACUGUUUUCUGCCUCCUUCCAAACUGACUGCAAGAGAGAAAUUUAGCUGUUUGAUUUACUUAAAACCAAAAGGAUUACAUGGAUAAUUCAUCUUUAGGGUGUAUUUUCACUAUUAUCCAAAGCCAAAUGAUUUUCAUUUGAUUCUAACAAUAAUUGACAAAAAAAUCAGUGUGAUGUAGCUUAUAUGUUAUACAGAUAAGGAUUAUUUUUAAAAUUUGUUCUGUUUGUUAUAUAAACAGGAAUAGAUCUGUUCAGUUCAGUAUUUAUUUAGCAGCCUGUAUUUGUCAACCAUUGUGUGAAGCAUAGGUGAAAUCAAAACGAAUUAAACUUUUUCCUUGUGCGUCUAACGCAGUGGAGGAGAUAAACACUUGUAACACUUUAAUUUUAAUAGCAGAAGAGUACAGAAGAAGGAAGGAUUAAUUCUGUCUGGAAGGCAGGAUAGAGAAGAUAUUACAGAGAAAAUAACUAUCAUAUGGGCCUGAAGGCUGUACAGGCUUUUGACAAGUGAAGAACAACCAUAACAGGUGGCGGGAACACCAGGAACUAGGGCAUGAAACUGGAAGUGUUUAAAAUGCCCUAGAAGGAGAAGGGUGUGGUCAGGAGCUACAGGAAAAACAGGUUGGAAAAAGAUUAGUUAGGGUCUCAAAUGCCAUGUUAAAAGAGUUAGGAGUUUAUUUUCCAGGCAAAGAAUAGGCAUAAAAAGUUGGGGAGUGUUUUUAUCUCCUUGGCAUCAUAUUUAACAGGAUGGAUUUAAAUUGUGGAAGACCAAAGCAGAGAGACUAGUUAAGAGUCAGUCAAAAUACUUUAAAAAAGAAAUAAUGAAACCUGAAUGCAGUGGAAAUUAAAGUGGAGAAGAGAGUAGAUGGAUUAGAGAGACAUUUCGGAGAUGGCAUCCACAGCUCCUGUUACUAGAUAAUGGAGAUUGAGAGGUGAGGAGGAGUGAAGAAGUCAUUGAUGUUGCCUUCAUUUCUACUUGGCUGACUACUAAGAUUGGCAACAAAGGGACAAGGGAGAAGGGUAAUGAGUUUGACAUGAGACUGAAGGACAUCCGGAUGGAAAUAGUUGGUCAGCAAUUAGAAAUAUAGCCCUGGGACCUAGGACGGAGCUGGGAAAAAGACACAGAUUUAGAAGGUGGUUUUGCAGAGAUGAUGCCUGAGUCUGUUGGAGUAGGCUAAAAUCUAGGCGGCAAUAUAGGGUGAGCAAAAAGGAGGCCCAAGGAUGAAACCUCUACACCUGCAUUUGAAGAACAAGAAGCUGAACCAGUAAAAAAAGAUGAAUCAUAGAAGUAAGAAAAAAAAUAGAAUACAGUAGACCCCCCCUUAUCCAAGUUUUCAGUUACCCACAGUCAACCGUGGUCUGAAAAUAUUAAAUGGAAAGUUCUGGAAAUGAAUGAUUGGUUUUAAAUUGCACCCUAUUCUGAGUAGCGUGAUGAAAUCUCGCACCAUCCUGCUUCCUCUGGACGUGAAUCAUCCCUUUGCUUAGCAGAUCCACGCUGUAUAUCCUACCUGCCUGUUAGUGACUCAGCCGACUGGGUUAUCAGAUGGACUGUCACAGUAGUGGCUUGGGUGUAGGGUUCGGUACUAUCGUUGAUUUCAGGCAUCCACUGGGGGUCUUGGAACAUAUUCCCCCAUGGAUAAGGGGAGACUACUAUAUAUACGUUUUGAAGAAAGAAGCCAGCAUCUCUGUGAAAGGUACUCAAAAAGAAAUCUUCAGAGAUAAAAUGAGGACUGAGAAGAAAUCAAUAGAUUAACCAUAUUGAAGCUAUUCUAAGGCAGUGGUGACAGAGUCAGAUUUCAGUUCACUGAGGAAGGGGAUGCAUAAGAAUCCACUCUUCUUUGAUAGAAAAUAAAGCACUAGGGGCUGCAUUUUGAAGGAAGAGGUAUAUGUAUUUUUGGGAUGAGUAGUUUUAAGUAUAUUUGCGGGCUGAGGAAAGGAGUCAAGCUGUUUUUCACUUGGGAGAAAUGGUAUAUAUAUAGUACAUAUUUUUAAUGUGAGUUGUCACAUCACAUCUUAAAAAGAUUUCUUAUGUCAUGCAUAUUUCUUAAAUGAACAUGCAGUACGAUAACAGAAAAUUACAUUUGUUUGGUAUUUACAAAGGACUUGGAUGUACAUUAUCUCAUUUUAUCUUUACAGCUACUCUGAAAUGCAUAGGUCAGGUGUUACUCCUUUUAUUCAGAUGAGAAAACAGCCUCAUUGAGGUGGAGGUUAAAAUCACAUAAUUUGUGAUAACGUUAAGAUUUGAACCCACAUUUUGUGACUCCAAAUCUCAUUACAGAUUUUACAAUUAAAGCUAUCUAAAUUAAAUUUUUAUUUUCAACUUUUUGUUAAUGUUUAUUCAUACAAUCAGUCAAAAUUUUGUUGCAGUACUAGGAUAGGUUAAAAAAAUACAGUUGUAGCCUUCAAGAUGUUUAAUAUCCAUGAAAGGUGACAGUCAGUAAACCAACAAUUCCAAUACUGUGGUAUGUGUUGUAAUGUUGUCACAACCUGGUACCUUGUUUAGUUUAAUUCGUCUAUGCAACAUAUAGCUCAGCAUGAAAUUUAAAUAAAAUACCUCAUUUCUUCCAAUUCAGAGAAGGCAUGAAACACAAAACAUAGAUAGGGCAACAAUUUCAAACUCAUGCUUUAAAUUCAUUUGUUUAAUUAAUAAAGAUUAAGGAAUAAUUUCACACAUUGAGAAAGACUGAUAGUUUUCCAGUUCUUCACUGUGCAUUAUUUUGUUUGAAGUUUGCAGAUUUACAUAGUAUUAGACAGCCAUAUUUCACUUUUUGUACCAAAAUAUUCCAAAACCAAAUAAAAAUUAUGUUUGGUUAUGAUUUUGGAUUAUCUGUGCCAAAUCAUAUAAUGAAAAUUUGUGUCCUAGCUCUUUUACUGCGUGAAAAGUGUUGAUCAGUAACUGAGAGACAGAAUGGCUGGGUUGUUAAAUAAUCAUAUCUUAUUGCUUCUACAAGAUCUCUGUCACUCUUAAGCAUUUGUAUAUAGGUUUCUGAGACUUUUGGGGCACAACCACAAUGAUGAUUUUUAAAAAGCUUUGUUUUGUUUUCAAUCUAAGCACUGCUGCUAACUGUACAUAGGAAAUAUUGGUGGUUGUUUUAUUAAGAAGAGCAAUUAAGGAGCCAGCGCUGAUGGUAUAGUGGUUGAAGUUUAGUGCUCACCACUUCGGUGGCCCAGGUCCGCUUCCUGGUCGCAGACCCACACCACCCAUCUGUCAGUUGCCAUGCUGUGACAGCAGCUCAUAUAGAAGAACUAGAAGGACUUACAACUAGGAUAUACAACCAUGCACUGGGGCUUUGGGGAGGGAAAAAAAAGAGAGCAAUUAAGUUUGCAAAUCAGUGAGAGUUCAUGACAUGAUUCUUUUGGAGGUACUAUGAUUUUUUUGGAGGUACUAACUAUCAACCUAAAAUUGAU